AACCACGCAAAGAAUUAAAAUUCAUCCAUAAUCGACCGACAGUUCCGAUCGCGUGCCUUCUCAGCGAAAAUCUCUCUCGGCCUCGUUACCCUCGCCUCUUCCUUGCCUCGACCAUUCAACCCCAACCCCCCUUCUCACUCUUCCCUCCGCAACCGAAUCGAUCCCUUUGCACACUCAACAUGUCCAACCCGCUCGACACCGACGCCGGCUCCGAGCUCUUCGAGAGCUACUCCGCCGAGUUCAGGCUCGUGGAGGCCGACCUGGUCCAGAAGCUCGACCAGAUACCUGAGCUGUCCGGCGAACCGCGCAAGGCCGCCAUCAGCUCGGCGGAGCGGGCCCUCGAGGAGGCGGAAGAGCUGCUCGGCCAGAUGCAGCUCGAAAAGUCCAACAUCCCGACCUCGUCCCGCGCCAAGGCCAACCAGCGCUUCCGCGACGUGCAGACCGCCAUCGACACCUCCCGCCGGAAGCUGCGGCACCUCGCCGAGGACCGCUCCGCGCUCUUUGGCAGCCGCGAGCGGUACAGCGACAACCCUGCCGAUGUGCAGCACGAGCAGCGCCAGCAGCUCCUGUCCGGCUCCGACCGCCUGGACCGGAGCACCCAGCGGCUCAAGGCCUCGCAGCGCCUGGCCAACGAGACCGAGAUGAUCGGCGCCGCUACCCUGGGCGACCUGCACCGCCAGAGGGGCAUCAUCGAGCACACCAAUGAGACCCUGCUGCAGAGCGAGGGCUAUGUAGACAGGAGUGUCAAGACGCUGAGGGGGAUGGCGCGUAGGAUGGCUACAAAUCGGGUUAUAACUAUUGCCAUCAUUACUGUCUUGGUUCUUCUCAUCAUUGCUGUCAUUGUUAGCAAGUUCCGAUGAGCGAUGGGCGUGUGGCGUGAUCGAUUCGGGGGUGUUUGUUAGAUACGAUAUGCUUAGGACAUGGCGUUGCAAGGGCGUUAUUUUUCUUUUUGGAGACAGCAGUCCGUGUACGAUGGUUCGUUUCUGCUUUGCAACGUAAGAUUUACAAGAGACUGCUGUUCCUACUUGCGGGCUGGACUGUGGCAAUAUCAAUAGGGAAAACAUACUUUCUAUAU